UAAUUACUUAAUAUCUUGAGAAAUAUUCCCAUUAGAAGGAUUCUUACAAACACACAAAACAAAAUACACUAUAUAUAUGGCGUUGAGAGAAAACCAUGCCCUUUUGUCAAAAAUUGCAACAAGUGAUCAACAUGGGGAGAAUUCACCUUACUUUGAUGGGUGGAAAGCUUAUGAUCAAGAUCCUUUCCAUUUAACUGAAAAUCCCAAUGGCGUUAUUCAAAUGGGCCUAGCAGAAAAUCAGCUUUCGCACGAUCUAAUCGAGGAAUGGAUUGUGAAGAACCCUAAAUCCUCUAUAUGUACUAACGCUGGAGUUAACCAAUUUAAAGAUAUAGCAAACUUUCAAGAUUAUCAUGGAUUAUACGAGUUCCGAAAGGCAAUCGCAAACUUUAUGGGGAAAGCAAGAGGAAAUAGGGUUGCAUUUGAUCCGGAUCGCAUAGUGAUGGGUGGUGGAGCAACCGGAGCUAGUGAAUCUUUGAUGUUUUGCUUGGCAGAUCCCGGUGACGCAUUUCUUAUCCCGACUCCAUAUUAUCCAGCAUUUGACAGAGACCUACGAUGGAGAACUGGAUUGAAAUUAGUUCCAAUCAUAUGCAAUAGUACCAACGAUUUCAGGAUCACCCAAGUAGCACUAGAAUGUGCCUACGAAAGCGCAAUUAAAGCCAACAUAAAAAUCAAGGGCCUGAUCAUAGCGAAUCCAUCCAAUCCUCUUGGCACGACCAUGGAUAAAGAAACACUAAAAACCUUACUAAGAUUCAUCAAUGAAAAGAACAUCCAUCUUGUUUGUGAUGAAAUUUAUGCAGCCACUAUCUUCAACACACCAGACUUUAUCUCGAUUUCUGAAGUCUUGCAAGAAAUGGAGCAUGAUCCGACGAAUGGGAUAAACCGUAAGCUAGUUCACAUUCUAUAUAGCUUGUCAAAGGAUAUGGGGCUCCCAGGGUUCCGUGUUGGCAUUAUGUACUCGUAUAAUGACAAUGUUGUGAGUUGUGCACGAAAGAUGUCGAGUUUUGGGUUGAUUUCAUCACAAACUCAAUAUUUUCUCGCUUCAAUCCUCUCUGAUGAAGUGUUUGUUGAAAGUUUUGUGAGAGAAAAUUCAAGAAGGUUAUCUAAGCGUCACAAAGUUUUCACUCAAGGGCUUGAAAAAGAAGGGAUUAGUUGCUUAAAAAGUAACGCAGGGCUAUUUGUUUGGAUGGAUUUACGUAGGCUUUUAAAGGCUCCUACAUAUGAUGAAGAAAUGGUGCUAUGGAAAAUGAUCGUGAACGAUGUUAAACUCAAUGUAUCCCCGGGUUCUUCAUUCCAAUGUGCUGAACCCGGGUGGUUUAGGGUUUGCUUUGCAAAUAUGGACGAUGAAACGGUUGAGGUUGCACUUGAUAGGAUUCAUGAUUUUGUUAAGAAGGGGAAAGAGAACGAUAUCAUGACACCGCCGAAAAAGAGAAGCAAACCUAUGCAAAAGAAUCUUCGACUUAGUUUUUCAUCCCGGUUCUACGAUGAAACUACGUUAAUGUUAUCACCUCGUACUAUGUCUCCACAUUCUCCGUUCGCUCGAUCUCCAUUGGUUCAAGCAAGGACUUAACAUGCUACUACCUAGAUUGAUGAUGACUUAUAUGAAGGUGAAUAAAUAAGAGAAUUGGUUACAAAUUAUUAUGGAUUAGUAUUGCAACAAGUAUUUUUAACAAUGUGUUG